AUGGACCCAUCAUUGAAGGAUCAGCCAUUGAAGGAAAUUCUGAAGGACCCGGCCUAUGCUCGCUUCAAGCCCCUGGAGAAAAUCAUCGGGGACCUGAAUGUGCGUGACUGGGCCAGUCAGACCCUGCCCUCCUUGCUGGACUGCACCCCUGACGAUCUCAAGAUGCACGUUUCGGCUUUUUACCGCGUGCUGGAGCGUGAAGGCAAGUUUUUGGAUGCACUGCAAGGUGACACACGAAUGCUUGACCUGAGCAUGGGUAUGGUGACCAGCGUCGGCUUUGGCCUUCAGAACUCCUUGAAGCACGUUCUUGAGAACUUGCGCUUGGAUGCGCUCGAUGGCAUCAGUGUAAUCAACCUGAGCUACAAUAAUCUGCUCGACCAAGAUGGCGGCUUGCUUUUGAGGCUCGCGGACAGGAUGGCAGAACGCAAGCCGCCGCAGCCAAAGGUGGAGUUUCGGCUAACUGGCAAUCGCUUCACGCCAAACUUUUUGGUUGAGACUGCCUUGCCCCUUUGCCAGAUGGACCACAUUUCGUACGUCGUUGUGCCGGAUCUGGGGAGGAGUGACGCGACUGCUGCCUUGGCUCACAUGCAUGAUAAAAGCGCGCUCGUUUUCAACAAGCUCAUCUUCAUUCGAGAAAUGCACUUGCCUGGCGGGCAUUGGCAAGAGAUCUUGCCCCCCGGUGUUGUCCCUCAUGUGGUUCGAGAGACACACGACAAAUACUACUUGCAGGCACGAGCGUGA